GGAGGAGGCGGCGGUGGCCGGAGCCGGAGCGGGGGGCGCUCGCCGCUGCCCCGGGGCCGGGACAUGUCGUCGGCGGCGGUGGCGGCUGCUUCCCGCAGGCAGUCGUGCUACCUGUGCGACCUGCCCCGCAUGCCCUGGGCCAUGAUCUGGGACUUCACCGAGCCCGUGUGCCGGGGCUGCGUCAACUACGAGGGCGCCGACCGCGUGGAGUUCGUCAUCGACACGGCGCGGCAGCUGAAGCGGGCGCACGGCUGCUUCCCCGAGGGCCGGGCCCCGCCGCCGCCCCACGCCAAGCAGCCGCCGCUCUCCGCCAAGGAGCUCCUGGCGCAGCAGCAGCAGCUCGGCCAUCCCGCGGCUGCCGAGGCGGCGGCGCGGCCCCCGCCGCAGCCCCUGGAGCGCUACUCGCUGGCGGCCGAGCGGCCGCCGCCCCGCCUGGGCGCCGAGUACGGCGGCGGCCGGCAAGUCAACGGCAUCCUGGUGCCCAACGGCUUCCCCAAGCCCGAGGAGCCACCCGAGCUCAACCGGCAGAGCCCCAACCCGCGGCGGACGCACGCCGUGCCCCCCACCCUGGUGCCGCUGGUGAACGGAGCCGGGCUCCCCGCCGCCAUCGGUGGCCUGGGCAGCCGCGCAGCCGCCGCUGCCGCCUCGCUGGCCGCCAUCUCCGCCGCGCCCUCUCCGAUGGCCGUGCCCGUCCCCCAGCAGCCGGCGGCGGCACAGGCUGCGGGGCAGCCCGGAGAGCUGGGGCACAAGCGCCCCGGCUCCGUCUCCUCCUCCUCUUCCUCCUCGGGCGGCGGCGCGGCGGGGGAGCACGACGGAGGCGCCAAGGAAAAGCGGGGCUCGGCGGAGAGCCUCCCGGCGGCGGCGGAGCUGGGAGCCGACGGCAAGGGCCGGGCGAGCGGCGAGCAGGAGUGGCUGGCCAAGCCCAAGACAGUGCGGGACACGCUGCUGGCCCUGCACCAGCACGGCGGCCACGGCGUCCCCCCCUUCGACAGCAAGUUCAAGAAGGAGCCGGGCAUGGCGGGCGGCAGGCUGCUGGGCUACGAGACCAACGGCGCGGUGGCCAAGCCAGGGGCCCGGGCAGCCCGGAAGAGGAAGCCUUCCCCCGAGCCGGAGGGCGAGGCGGGACCCCCGAAGAUCAACGGGGAGGCGCAGCCCUGGCUGCCCACCUCGUCGGAAGGGAUGAAGCUGCCGCUGACGGCCACCCCCUUCAUGUCCCCCCCGCCGCCCACCGCCUCGCCCCACUCCAACCGGACCACGCCGCCCGAGGCGGCCCAGAACGGCCAGUCCCCCAUGGCCGCCCUCAUUUUGGUGGCGGACAAUGCCGGGGGCAACCACGCCUCCAAAGACGCCAACCAGGUCCACUCCACCACGCGGAGGAACAGCAGCAGCCCCCCCUCGCCCUCCGCCAUGAACCAAAGAAGGUUGGGCCCCGGCAGGGAGGUGCCGGGCCAGGGGGCCAACACGACGGGGGGGCUGGAACCCGUCCACCCCGCCAGCCUGCCGGACUCGUCCCUCGCCGCCAGCGUCCCGUUGUGUUGUACCCUGUGCCACGAGCGCCUGGAAGACACCCACUUCGUGCAGUGCCCCUCCGUCCCCUCCCACAAGUUCUGCUUCCCCUGCUCCCGGCAGAGCAUCAAGCAGCAGGGAGCCAGCGGGGAGGUCUAUUGUCCCAGCGGGGAGAAGUGUCCCCUGGUCGGCUCCAAUGUCCCCUGGGCCUUCAUGCAGGGGGAGAUCGCCACCAUCCUGGCCGGAGAUGUGAAAGUGAAAAAGGAGAGGGACUCGUGACUUGCCCCAUCUCGCCGCCCGACGUCACCUUGAACUCGAACUGCUCGAAUUCUGUAUAUAUCUAUAAAUAUAUAUAUAUAAAUAUAUAUAUAUCUCCAAGACAAGGGAAAUGUAGACUUCAUAAACAUGGCUGUAUAAUUUUGAUUUUUUUGAAUACAUUGUGUUUCUAUAUUUUUUUGAAGACAAAAGGUAUGUACUUAUUAUAAAGGCAUUUCUUCUAAUUCUUUUUUUUUUGUUUGUUUGUAUCUAUUUUUUUUUUCCCUUUUGUUAUAGCAACUAUUUGUUGUGCUUCCCUGGUGACAGUUACUGUUCAAUGUAGGCUGUGACUUGCGCUGCUUUUUUUAGAGAGCACUUGGCAAACCAGAAAUGCUUCUAGCUGUAUUUGUAUGCACUUGUUACUUUGUUUUUUCUUCUCGCUUUUUUUCUUUCCUUCCUUUUUUUUUUCUUUUCUUUUUUUUUUUUUAAAUGCCAAAUACACUUUCUGACAUUGUAAAGAUUGCCUUACUGUCUGUGAUUCCUUAUUCCUGGCCCCUGUCCUGUAGAGCUGGUCGCAUGCAGGCUUGGUCUGAGGCGGUUGGGGAGAAGAGUGGUAGCCAAGGUUGGGAUGCUUGUUGCCAUCCCACCAACCAGGCAAGCUUAAGGAGCAGGAGGGCUUUCUCCCAGAAACGUGUGGCUUGGGUUGUGAUGGCAGAUCCACCAGAUCCAGUCCCAGAUUCCACCGUGUUUCUCAUGGGAAGUUGCCUCCAGAGUAGGAUGUGGAGAGGUGUCUGAGAGGCACUGUUGAGUUAGGGAUUUCUGGGUUUGUUUGGUUUUGGUUUGGGGUUGUUUAUUUUGUUGUUGUUGUUGUUGUUGUUGCUUUUUUGUUUGGUUUUGUUUUUUAAGGCGAAGUUGACCAGAGUUCACGUGAUCAGUUGUACGAUUACAAAAUUGCAUUUAUUCACCAAUUACGUACCAGAACGUGGAAUUUUGAUAACAAACUUAAUUAUUGGUGAAGGAGCCAACGUAGCACUGCCAUCUCUGAAGGUCUUCCACGUCACUUCUGGGGAAGUCCUUGGACAAAAAGCUGGGGAGGUGGGGGAGAAAUUUGUUUUUUUUUUUUUUUUUUAAAUUUUACUUUAAUUUUCAGGUAGCGCAGGUGGACUUUGAGUUUGUUUAUCAGUCACCUCUCCUGCUGUUGCUAUUGUUACUAUCACUGACCUGGUAUUUCCAAGUAGUGGCAGGUACGGUGUGGUACAGUGACAGUGGUGACUUGAGGCUCUGCCAGAUUGCCCGCGGGCAUAUCAGUGACAGCCCAAAUGUGGGUGGAGGAAACCUGUAAUUUCCUUAUUACGUGUGCUUGAAACAAACCUGCUAUUCUUUGAAAAUGAAAAUAUAAACUGGUUGAAAUGAAAGCAAUUAGGGCUGCACAUAAUGGCCCUGGCCCUGCCGUUUAAGCUACUUUGGAGAACGCUUUUGUAAAGCCACUUCUUUUGAUCACGCUUCUGCAUCACCAAGCAGACUUCUAAAAUCAAUAAAUCAUUGGUUACUAGAAAUA